UGACAUUGAUUUUUUCACUGAGAAUACCUGAAGCCGAGUGAUCCUCUAUAAAGGUAACACAUUAUACUAGCAUACUUAAUAAUAAUUGUUUACAUUUUUGUAUUAAAUAUUAAAGACACUCAUAUUUUGUCAAACAAUGUAUUUUUUUAAAUAUAUUUCAUAACUUAAGCCUACUGAUUACUGCAGAAUGUAAUUAGUGUUUUAAUGAUAUAUGAAACAAAUUAUAAUGAAUAGUGGGUAUAUAAUGUAUAUAUUUUUGUUAUUUCAAAUAUAUAUAACGUUACAUCAUUAGUUAUUUAUUUUUAAAUCUUAAAAUUGGUUCUUUAGUCAUUUAUUGCUAUAUUAUAUUUACCGAUUACAGAAAUAGACAUGUCAAUUUAUUACAAUUUCCUAGUUUGAAAACCACUAGUGUAAUUAUACGUUUUAGAGAAUGCAUUAUAAAAUGACAUAAUUAUCACUAUUGCUCCACGCUCUUUCAUUGAAGCCCAAUGAUUGCGUUGUAUUCUUUUUGUAGUAACGUUGGUCUAAAUAUACAUUAGUGGCAAAACAUUUAAUGAAAUAAGAAAAUAACCUUAGGCUUUUAAAACUGGUAAUUCAUAGAAGAGAUGCCAAUUUUUUCCAAUAGCCGCCAUCCUGGUUGACAAGACCAGUCAAUUAUGUCACUAAAUCUAAGUAAAUCUAUCCCUAAUCCUAACCUGAACCCUAAAUGUAUCCCCAAACAUAAACUGAAACCUAAAAAAUGUAUCCCUAAACCUAACCUGAACCACAAAAAAUGUAUCUCUAAACCUAACCCUAAUUCAGUAAACGUGCAAAGACGCCGUGGCAAUCGUUUUUAAAUUUAGCUUUAAUACCUUUUAAGUUCAAACGAUCAAAAUUAUAUAUAUAUAUAUAUAUAUAUAUAUAUAUAUUAUAUACAAUUCUCCAACACACAUGACUUUGCCCAUGAUGGAUGAAUUGGAAAAAAAACACAAGAAAACAACCUUUUAGCUAUAAUAAAAAAGAGCCCCUUUGUCAAAACUUCAUUCUCUAUAGGAUACCCACCGCGAGAAUGCCGUUACCUGGUUGGAUCCGAGUGUUAUUACUAUUAUUAUUAGUUGUCUGAUAUAGCACGGUACCCUAGCCUAGGGCUGGGCUCAUCGCGUUUUACAUUAAAGUAUUAGCAAAAGAGACAUAAUCGUGACAUUAAAAUCAGAUACAUUUAUGAAAUAAAGAACAUCGCAUAAGGAAAAACAAAUGUAUAUUCACCCACUCUACACCAUAACUUUCACAAGGCAAACCAUGGACGGCAGACAGCAAGAUGUUUAUCGAUAUGAUGAAGGGUAUCAGCAGAGUAGUAUAGUUUAAAGCAGGGGUCUCAAACUUAAAUCAUCCGGGGGCAGCAGGAGAUAAAGUCUGAGGGAGACUGGGCCAUAUCAAGUAAAAAAAGAGCAAAUACAAAUUCAAUAAGGUACAUCACGGUACAAUAUGCUGAACCUUUAUUAUUAAUAAAAUAAAAUGUUAAGGGUUCUCAAGAACCAGGCUGCACUUUCUUUCUCCUACUCCUUGUUGCCAGAGAUCUGGCAGCGCUUCUUGCAACUUAGUAACAUUUUGCUUGAGUGAGGAAGCAGCUGAGAACCUCAGUAAAGCUUCAAGAUGCUCAUCCAUAUGUUUUGCCCUGAGCUUUGACUUGUUAUAUUUCAUAUUGGGGAAAAGAGCUUUGCCCACCAGAUAGGUAGUCCCAAAUAAGGCACAUAAUCCUGCUUGAGCAACCUUCAAAUCUCAGUGAAGGUGGAGGACAAUGCUCUCAUAAAUUAUCCAUGCUUGUCUGUUUUCUAUUCAUCUCCCUGAACUUAGAAUAGCACUGAAGAUAAUCAGCUCCAUUUGAAGCGCAAGUGGUUGGCGGGGCGCAUCUACCACAUUAAAGGAGAAAGGCUAGGCUAUAAGUUAAAAAGUUAAUAUGUGUGUUUUGAAGUCUAAAACCAUUUUAUCAAAUUCUUCCUGAAGCUUUGCAGUGGCAUCGGUGUACUCACUGCUGAAUGGUGUUCACGAAUCUAUAAUUAUUAUUCAUGUUGUGAAAUGGCAGAGAUUUCUCUAAGAACCAUAACACACAUUGUCAUAUGCAACACUGGCAAGCUGGCACUUGCCUUGUAACUUCUUGUUGAGUACAAUCAGCUCAUGUGUAAUGUCAACAGAAAAGCAAAGUCCAUGAGCCAUUUAGGAUCCCUUAGCACAGGAAAAACCAUCCAAUCCUUCUCCAUGAAGGCUUAAAAUGCUUAGAUGUGUUGAGACAGUAGGCUGGUGUAGGCAAUAUUUAUGAAUUUUUCAUGCAAAGGAAGAAGAUAUUGUAGGGAGAAUCAAUUUUGAGUUUUUAUCUUAGAAAAGGCCUUUUUGACCAACCCUUUUUUUAAAUGAAACCACGCUGACAUACUCGGAAGUUACCUCACUCGUUAACAGUAGGGACAAUUUUGAUAGGGAUUAUUUUAUACUGUGUCAGAUUUACACAAUUAUGGUUGUGCAUUACCCACUAACUGACUUUUAAAUUUUUCUCAAAACCGCACAUAGAUCAUGUUUGUCUCAUGAAAUGCUAGUUUUAAAAAAAAAAUUAAAAGAAAAAAAAAAACCGAUUGGUCCGUUUUUGAACCGUUUUUUACCACUAUAAUCAACUUUCAGAUCUAGACAAAUUAAAUAUAAAAAUAAUCAGAAUUAGACUAAUCGCUGAAAUUCGACUGAAACCGUCUCAGAGGGUCACAAUAUAGAUAUGAGAAUGGGGAAGACUCGCGAGCCGCAUUACACUAAAAUUUGCUGUCAUUUAGCGGGAAGCAAAAUAUCGCCUAGCGGGCCCCAAAUUUUAAAACCCAAGCUUAAAGAGAUGUGUUUUGAAUGCAGUUUUAAUGGCCUGGGUGGUUGUUAUAUGGCAAAUGUGUAGUGGCAAACGGAUUCCAUUGUUUGCGGGUGCAGAAAGAGAAAGAUCGUUUACAAUAUUUUUAGAGUGUGUCUUGGUAACGGACAGAAUACGGGUGUCUGCGGAGGAGGUGUGAAUAGACAGAAAGAAGUUCGGUUAGAUAGGAAUGACUGGGAUCCAAGGAAAAGUUUGUGACAAAAAACAGACAUUUUGUAGUCAAUGCGUGCUCGUAUAGGGAGCCAAUGAAGUCAGUGGAGUAGUUGAGUGACGUGAUAACGAUUUUCUUGCCUUUAGAACUAUCCUAGCAGCUGAGAUUUGAACUUUCUGCAGUUGUUCUAUGAAGUUUUUUGGUGAACCUGACAGAAGAGGCUGCAAUAGUCAAGACGAGAAAGAACAAAAGCACAGGCUAUAGUUUUAGUUGCGCUGUUAGGUAGUGGCGGAUGGAGCUAAUCUGACGGAUAGUAUGUAUGCCGAACGACAAAUGUGAGAGAUAUGUUUAUCGAGAGACAUGUUGUUAGAAAGAAUAGAACCAAGAUUCCUAGCAGAGGUGUAAACUGUAUGUCGGAUUUACCUACUUGAAAUCAGGUGAGAAGAGUUGUGGUAGCGGAUGAUUUGUGAUUGUUGAUGAGGAAUGCUUCCGUUUUGUCAUCAUUAAGCUUCAAAUGGCUGAGUGUCAUUUACGACUUGAAAUCAUCAAUGCACCCCCGCAAAGUCUGGACAGCGGAAUCGAAAAGAGUGGGAUGGGUAUACAUGUAUAGCUGCGUGUCAUCUGCAAAUGACUGGCUCUCAACAGCAUCCCUCCAAAUUAAGAGCACCAGUGGCCUGGUAUACAACGUAAAUAGAAGCGGGCUCAAAACUGUCCCCUGUGGCACUCCCGGAGCACUCCCGGAGAGACAGCCUGUUAUAGAGAGCUUGUUUACAUAAUAUUUCUCGUGCGUGCCCUCUGAUUGACCCCGCAUGAAACGCUGUGUUCACAAAGGGGUGUGGCUUAGGUCUUUGAUGUAUUCUUGUUUACGCCGCCAACGAAUAAACAUAAUUAAUCUGUUCCAAAUAGUAUUUGGUAGAAUGAUUGGGAUUAUUCUCGAAAUGUCUCGAAGGCAGGGCUUUGGCGUCGGUAGACCCACCUAUAUAAGGGAUUGACAGGCACGAAGAGAGACGGAGAUUUUCAUAUAGAUUCUCUUAACAUUACGAGGCGUGUUUUAUUCUUUGUGUAUUUGUGUGCUCCUACUUAUAUGUGUUUAUUUCGCAUUAUUUAUUGGCAUCAUUAUUUCUAAUUGUAUUAACUGUGUACCGGUACGAGAUCCACCAUACUGUAAGUUGAAGAUUGUAAUUUUAUUUUAUUUUCUUUUGUAAUUAUCUUUAGACAUAAUAAAUCUUAUUAAUUGUAACUAGAAACUGUUUUGGGUCGUAUCUUUAAUAUUGUUGAUUCUGUGGUAUCGUCCUUUGUUAGGCACUGAUUACAACGAGCUAAUUAAAAUUAAAAUAGGAGAUUAAUUUCUCCCAACACAAGUCAGUGCGUAACAAAUUGGGUUGCUCGUCCCGGAUAUAGCGGACUCCAUAUUAUUAUUUUUCUCAAGACCCCAAUUCUAACAAAUUGGGGGCAUCGUCCGCGAUAACCGAAUCCAUAUUUUAUUCUCAUUAGACCCCAAUUUUAACAAAUUGUGGGAUUUUCCGAGGAUAAUUUUAAUCCAUAAUUUUUAUUACACCAAUAAUAAAUUGAGUGUUUUUCUGUGGAUUUUGACCCACUGUUUACUUUUAUAUACUCAGAUUAAUUUUGAGUACACGAUACCAUUUUACGAUACCAACAACAGAGCUGGUUACAAUUUUUCUUUAAAUUCAAUUAGAUUAGUGUGUGCACUAAGCUUAAAUUUGUAUAAAAAUUGUUAUAUUUUGCCUGUGUCUAAAUGGAUUUUGAUGUUGAAAACCCAUCAGUAGAGGCAUUAGACAAAUGUUCUAGGAAGGAGCUAUUUUCCAUUGCUAAAGCUCUAGGAAUGAAUGUAGCUCAUUCGGCUGUAAAAAAGACCAUACGAGACAUGAUCAUCGUUCACUUAGUGAAUGAAGACAUGUUAUCUGAGGAUGAACUGGCCUCAGUCACACAACCGAAUGAUCCAAGUAUGGAGCUCCAACUGAAGCUCAAAAAGCUGGAGCUAGAUAAAGAACGAGAGCUCAAACAGCUGGAGCUAGAAAAAGAACGAGAGCUUAAACAGAUGGAGCUAAAAGCUCAAAGAGAGAAAGAAGAAAAAGAUAGAGAGCUAAAAAUAAAGUUAAAACAAAUGGAAAUAACGGCCAAUUUAGGAGCAAUGGAAAAUAGACUCACGGCUCCAGCCGGUCAGGGUUGCGAUGCAAUUAAAUUUGCAAAAGUAAUCCCUAAAUUUUCAGAAAAAGAGGUUGACCAAUAUUUUGCGCAGUUUGAGAUAACUGCCCAAAAUUUUGAAAUUCCUGAAACUAUGUGGUCCACCUUACUUCAGCCAGCCUUGACCGGAAGGGCAUCCGAAGUCUUUGUGUCCCUGAAUGCGGAACAGCGCGGGGACUAUAACCUAGUAAAAUCAUUAAUACUUAAGGCUUAUGAAUGUGUCCCCGAAGCAUACCGUAAAAAGUUUAGGGAACUGUGGAAACGUGUAUUUAGGAGCAAUGGAAAAUAGACUCACGGCUCCAGCCGGUCAGGGUUGCGAUGCAAUUAAAUUUGCAAAAGUAAUCCCUAAAUUUUCAGAAAAAGAGGUUGACCAAUAUUUUGCGCAGUUUGAGAUAACUGCCCAAAAUUUUGAAAUUCCUGAAACUAUGUGGUCCACCUUACUUCAGCCAGCCUUGACCGGAAGGGCAUCCGAAGUCUUUGUGUCCCUGAAUGCGGAACAGCGCGGGGACUAUAACCUAGUAAAAUCAUUAAUACUUAAGGCUUAUGAAUGUGUCCCCGAAGCAUACCGUAAAAAGUUUAGGGAACUGUGGAAACGUGAUGGCCAGACUCAUGUUGAGUUCCUCCGGGAAAAGGAACGGCUCCUGGACAAGUGGCUGCACGCAACCAACACCGAGACAGACUUCAAGAAAUUCAAGAACCUCAUUCUGAUGGAGGAGUUCAAGAACUGUAUUCGUACUGAGGUGCGAAUAGAUAUUGCAGACCGUGGCGAAGGUGACGCACAUACGGCAGCAGUGUUAGCCGAUGACUUCACCAUCUCACAUCAACUUUCCAAGAAUCCAUUUGACACAAGAAAAGACAGGCACAAUAAGAAAGCUGUAUCAACUUACAGUAAACCUUUACAAAAACCAUUCAAGCCCGGUACGAAAGAAACAAGUGCCAAAGACACAUGUGCCUACUGUAAAAAGGAAGGACAUACGAGGGAUGAUUGCUGGAAACUCAAGAAGAAAACUGAGAAGACCACACAUCCUGGUACACAACACAAAGUCUCCGCUUGUACGUCUCGUCAUACAUCUGGAAACACAUUUUCAAAAUUCAAGAGUUUUUGCUCUCCAGAUGUCCAUACAAACUUCAAAGAGGUUUGUCACGACUCAUCAAAGAGUUCCAUUAUGAACAAUAAGGCUAGUUUUACUGACUCCAGCCAAGUUCCUGCUUCGACUGCGAGUUUUAUGAGCUUGUCGCCAAGAUCCUUUUGCUCCAAGAAGAGGUCUACCUCCAGAGGGCGUCUUACUGAGGACGUGUGUGCAAGUUUUGACGACUCUACCCAGAGUUUUACUUCCUCUACCCUAGCCGAAUGUUCUCAAGACUCCAACAAGAGUUUACCUACCAAGGUCCAAAAUUCUACAUCAGAAACUACUGAUGUCAUACAAGACUUCAUGCCUUUCAUAUCGGAAGGAUUCGUAUCACUGCCAGGUGAUUUUUCCAGUCUACAACCAAUCAAAAUCUUACGAGAUACAGGUGCUUCACAGUCCUUACUACUUGAGGGUAUACUUCCCUUGUCUGAAUCUACUGCUACUGGGAGCAACAUCCUGUUACGAGGUGUAGAGCUGGGAUGCAUAGAUGUACCUUUACAUCUCAUCAACCUAAAAUCAGACUUAGUCUCCGGACCUGUGGUUGUGGGUGUCCGACCAACAUUACCAUUGGACGGCAUCUCGUUGCUGCUAGGCAAUGACUUAGCUGGUGGGAAGGUGAUAGCCGAGCCCAUCGUUACUCAUGAACCUUGUUUAAAUGAAAAUCAGGAAGAAGAUCAAGAAUUGUAUCCAGCAUGUGCUGUGACAAGGGCCAUGAGUUCCAAGAUCUCCACAAAAGAGAUUUCACAAAAAGGCAAUAAAAUUCUUCCUGAAAUUGACCUGGGAAAAACAUUUUUUGCAAGUCUAAAUGAAGAGGCUAGUAAUUACAAGACUCCAACUCGAAUGCAACUUAUUGAAGAACAGAAGAGUGAUCCAGAAAUAGUCAAACUUCGAGAGAACGCUUUGACCCAAGAAGAAGCUGAACAAUUCCCUAUAUGUUAUUACCUUCAAGAUGACAUACUUUUGAGAAAAUGGCGACCUCCAGACGCAAAUGCUGACGAAGAAUGGAGGAUAGUUCAUCAAAUAGUAGUUCCUACCCCAUUCCGGAACGAAGUCCUGAACUUAGCCCAUGACUCACCACUUUCAGGUCAUUUGGGAGUAAAGAAGACAUAUCACAAAAUCACGUCGCACUUCUUUUGGCCCAAAAUCAAGAAAGAUGUGGUUGAAUACUGCAGAUCAUGUCAUACUUGUCAGGUUGUAGGGAAACCAAAUCAGAAGAUACCAGCAGCUCCUCUUCAACCCAUUCCAGCAUUCGAAGAACCUUUCAGUCGCGUUAUUAUAGACUGCGUUGGACCUCUGCCAAAGACAAAAUCAGGUCACCAAUACUUGCUGACAAUCAUGUGUGCGUCAACAAGAUUCCCAGAAGCUAUUCCUCUUCGCAAUAUCAAGACUCCGAACAUCGUCAAAGCCUUGACGAAGUUUUUUACAUUGUUUGGUCUUCCGAAGUCUGUACAGUCUGACCAAGGAACCAACUUCAAGGCUGGAAUAUUCAAACAAGUGAUGAACCAGUUGGGCAUAGAACACUGCUUGUCGAGUGCAUAUCAUCCUGAGUCACAGGGAGCACUUGAGCGAUUCCAUCAGACGUUGAAGAACAUGAUGAGAACCUACUGCCUAGAACAAGAGAAAGACUGGGAUGAAGGCAUCAACAUGCUACUGUUCGCCGCAAGAGAAGCAGUUCAAGAAUCACUUGGAUUCAGCCCCUUCGAACUGGUGUUUGGCCACACGGUUCGCGGUCCCCUUAAACUUUUAAAAGACACGUGGAUGUCAUCGGCAUCCACGGAAGGACUUCUUGACUAUGUCCAAAAAUUUAAAACUAAACUUUUUAAUGCCGUUAAUUUGGCUAAAACACAUUUAAAAGAUUCACAAUCUAAAAUGAAAGUUUGGUAUGACAAAAAGUCAAAAUUCAGACAGUUUGCUUCAGGGGACAAAGUGCUUGUGCUUUUGCCGAUACCAGGGCAAGCACUACAAGCUAGAUAUUUUGGUCCUUAUGUUGUUGAGUCCAAAAUCAAUUAUUUAAAUUACAUUGUGUUAACACCAGAUCGUAGAAGAAAGAAACAGUUAUGUCACAUUAACAUGUUAAAAGAAUAUUUUGAUAGAAAAUGUCAUGAUCAUUGUCCAUCCUAAGAAACAAAUGUUAACACAAUCUCAACUGUAACUUCAGUACUUAAAGAAAAUGUUACUGAAACCUUUGAAAGUGUCCCAGAAAAAUAACUAGUUUUUCAAUUACUUUAGCUAAAAAUGAAAAGUUAGAUACAGGUCUUUAGUAUUUUAAAUUGUUUUCAUCCAGAUUAGCGUAUAUAAAAAAAUCGAAACUUCUUGAAAAAUAUACAAACUUCAUAAAAGCUAUAAAAAUAUAACUCACUGAUACUGCCAAAAACUCUUGUAAAGUCUAGCAACGAAAAGGACUAAACUAACAUAUCAAAUAGAUUUUAGAUCCACAUCACCAUGGAACAAUAUUAAACGUUCUCGUAUAUUCUAGAUUAAGUUUGAUAAGCUCCUUACAACGUGUGAAAAAGUACAAAACAAAACGUUCUACAACUGAACGCGAGAACUAGAACAAUUUUUAUGCACGUUAAACUGCUGGGGGCCCAUAGCUAUCGUUCUGCAUAUAGUGGGGCCCUAUGACAUUCGUUCAGAUAAAUAAUGGAGUUCAAUUCAUAAGUCAUCCCAUUAAAAUUUGUUUAAAAUGCCAUACAUAGUUGUUUUGUUUGUUUUUUUAAUUUUCUAACCUAUGUAUUGCUACCGAGCUUGCCAUAGAUCCGCCAAUUCACAUAGAAGCUAUAACAUUGUCUAAAUCUAUUGAUAUUUACAUCUCUUACAUAACUGAAAAUUAAAAGGUACACCCGGCAACAAAGUGGUUGAUAUUAUGAGUUCAGUACCCUUCGCAAUUUCCAUAUCUAUAAUUAAGUGGAUGUGUACUAAAUUUAACCAAGAUCCAUUUAUCGUGUUGAAGUAUGUGUUGGUCAUUUUAUUUAUAUAGUUCAAUCUACAAAAUAAUAGCUUUAGUUCCCCGAAGUAUUAUAAAAAUUUCAAAAGCCCAAAGUAUUUGAUUUGUGAUACUGAUCACAGUAUGUGACAAGAUGGGAGAUUUCCAUCAAUCCAUAAUAAAGCCUUUAAGAAAAAAAAACAAAACCCACAAACAAAUUUUCACUUCCAUGUAUAUAUUUAUUGCAACAACGGAGAUGCUGCUUAAAAUUAAAUGUACCCCUGUACAUGAAACUCGUCGAAACUUCUCAACUCUGGCAUCCCUCUAUUCUUGUGAACUUUAUCAUCAUUUUAAUUGUGAGACUCGACAGUCUUAACUGUUUGAUUUUUUUUUUUUAAAGAGCUUCACCAACUACACUAUGAAUUAAAAUAUUCAAUAGAUGACCUAAAGAGAAACCGGGAAAACUGAUAUUUUUGUGCCAAAUUAAAAUUUAAGGUACCGGUAAUAGAAAUCCAAUAAUGUAAAAGAUAAACUGAACACAAAUUCCAUACCAAACAAAUGAGCAUACCAACGUCAGCUUUAUAGUUAACGAAUUGGAUUUCCAUAAUCAUUAUAGGCAAUAUCAUAGAGCGGAUGUGGCGUAGUCUGGCACGAUCCAUUUUAGCUGAACAGCUUAUUUAAUAUUGAAAAAUAUAUUAAUGUCCGAAUGUUUUAUUUUUGUCUGAAAUUACUACAAACAAAUGUUUGAAAUCAAUGUUUCAAUAUACGAUAAGAAGUUGGGAAUUCAAAAAUUAAUUUUGGUGGCCUCCUUAUGUAUCGAAAAAAAAAAGAAUUAUGGCUGAUUUAAGCUAGCUGAUGAUUCCGUCGGUUGCAAUUCGUACUUGUUGAUGUUCGUCAGUCCGGAGUCGACCAUGACCAUUUUAAUCAUCAGAGUUUGUUCUUCUGGAGCAGAGUCAGACCGGGCCUUCAUGGCAUGUCUCUUGCUUAUUCGUACUUAUAGCCCUGUACAAUUUAUCAAGGAAACAAUGCUAUUUGUGCUAUUGUAAAAGGUAUCAUUUAUAGCAUCAUAAAUAGUCCAUAUAUCUCUAGAUUUAAAGUAUUCUUCUGUCUAAGAGUGUGCACAAAUCGAAGUAAGGAAAGGACUAUUAUUUAAAUGUAUAUCAAUAGUUGCAGGAUUAGACUAAAAUUAAACUAGUUUGUUAUUUUAUUUAUUUUUUUUUUAAUUAUGAUUUCCAUUCAAAUUUAAACAGUGAAACAUUUCUAUAGAUUUAAUUUAAACAUAGGAGUAAAUUGGUUUUAAAGGUAAUAAAUAUUUUCGAUUCAUAUUUAUAUAUUGUUGCAUAUCAUUUUGAAUUAUGUUCUUAUUUUGAUUUCAGUAAAACAAUAAACAAAAAUGAGGUUAUCGGGUGCUCGAUUGACAUUCCUAGUAGUUAUUGUUGUGUUAACUUUGCCUAUAGAAGCUCUCAAUUGUUCAGAGUGCUGGUAAGAUUAUAUUAUCUUGAUUUAAAAACAUUCAUUCACACAUUUUUCUAACAAAUGCAAUUUAUUUUUUAUUUUUUAAUUAAUGCAGUCAGUAUCAAUUUAAUAGGAAUACAAAAUAUAUUUUUUCUGAAAUAAUUAAAGACUUGUUCUAGACACUGGGAGAAAAUGAAGGGCAACAAAAGACUAAAAAUAUGUAUCCCAAAUAAAUCGAGUUUAGCUGAGCCUUAAGAACUUUUAGAACAGUGAUAUCAAAAACGCUAAACAUCAAUCAAGCACCCUAUACAUUUAGGGCAAUAGAUGUAUUGUUGUUUUUUUCUUUUUAGAUAACGAACAUGGAAUGAAGCCUUUAUUUCUUAUACAUUUUUUUCUUUAAUAAAAAAUAAAAUUAAAAUAUUGUAACAUCUUUUUUUUUUUUUUUUUAGAAACUAAACUGUAAUCUAAUUGAUAGUGAUUGUACCUAUAAUUAUUAUUAAUUGUUAUGAUUUGUUACCAAGCUUGGUGGCCAACGAUUCAUUUAGAGACGACAUUUCACUUUUGAAUUCUGCUGAUAAACAAGUGGUGUGGAUCACUCUCAAGUUGGAUGGAAAUGAGACUGAGAGGCUUGAAAAUGAAUUUAGUGGAGUUUUCAAGCCUAACCUAUGGGCUGUACUUUUGAAGUCACAGGUUUGUAAACAUUCAUCUGUGCAUGCAUAAGAUUUCUAUGAUCCUUAGGUAUCGCCAAUAAUGAGUUAGUUAUAAAAAAGAACAUGUAAAUUUUAAAUACAGUCCAUAUACGAUUUUUGAAAGUUUAUUUUUCUUCAAUUUGUAUAUAGCUGAAUAAUGUCCAGUUUUAUUCGAGGUUAUUCUCGCUGUGCAUCAAGUUCCAUUUCCUGUUAUUUAAAAAAAAAUAAUACUGAAAAAAAUAUAAAUUUGCAAACGAGAGAUUACGACUUGACUGCAGCGAUUGCCAUUUUUGAUGGUUUGACGUCACAUUCUUGGGUCCCAUGUGAUCAUCCUACCUACUAUGCCACAUCUGCCCCACAGUUAUGUUUAACUCUUCAUUUCACUCAGUUUUCAAAUCCCCCACACCACCCCCUUUUUUUAAAAUUCUCUAUACACUGCAUAAAUACAUUUUUAAAAAUUCGUAAGAUUUUACCUUUAUCUCAGCCAGAGUCCAGUCUCAUCCAACUAACCCUCUCCACUCGUAACCCCUUGCAUCAUCUAUUGCGAAAAAAACAUUAAAUAUCCAAUUACCAAGCCAAUAACAUAACCAAUCGGCAUCAUCAAUGUCAAUACCCUAUUCGAUGGCUUAAAACAUAAACCAAGAUGUAACAUUUUACAUAACCAAACCCCAGGUUUAGCUCAAUUUCAAUCAAUCCGUUUCUAAAAUUAAGUCCCUUCCAUCCCCCAUAAGAAACUUUCGUAAGCCCCACUUUGUAUCUAAAGCACAAAUGUCUGGCCGACCAAACUCAUUCCUACUCCGUCUAACCCGCUAUCUAUCAGCUAAAACUCCCCCCGAGGCCAUCUCUUCUUCUAAAUUGGCUUUUAAAAGACCGUUAACAUAAGUGCAUAAAGUAUUCAUAUUUCUCCAAUCCAGUGAAAUCUCAGCACCUUGAAAAAAAAGAGACAUAGAUAAUUUGAAAUUUGAAAGAAUAUGAAGAAAAAAAAAAAAAGAAUAUUUCUCUUUAAAUUCUUUCUUAAAUCUAGCGGCUUCCUUGUUGUUAAGUUAAAACACAUUUUGUUUCACCCUAGACUAAUUUUAAUUCUCAGGCUAGAGAAAGAUUUUAUUUCCUUUAGAUAAUUAGAUCAAAACGUGGUUUACUCAUUUAUGAAAUUAAAUUUUAUUAUUUCAAAUAAAUGUCAAAAUGAAACAAAGAAAAUAAUGUUGUUUCUAAUUCGCUUCAAUCAGAAAUCAGCAGUAUUGAAAUAAAAUAUUUAAAAUCCAUUUAUAUAUUUAUUUUUCAUUUGAAUUUUUAUAAGCUGGAAGACUAAUAGGCCGACACACAUUUAAAAAAAAUGUUUAUGACCACAUUUAUCAUUGUAAUUUUGUAACGCAAUAUGAAAAGUUCAAAACGAUUUUUUAGUUAAUAUUUUUGCAAUAUUUGUCCCUUUGAAUGAUAGCGAAAAAUUAUAAUUUUCUUAUUUAAUUCACAAUAAACUUAAUAUAUAGUCUUUAAACGAGUGAUUAUUAAGAAAUCGUCUACAGUCAACGUCAUUUAAAAAUGAAUGUAAAAUUAGAUAUGAAACGUUGCAUUUAAUUAAAAGUGCAAGUAAAUUUGCAAAAAGUUUCCCAAAAAUCUAAAACUUUACAAGGUAUAUUUCUAAAUUGGAAUUAUGCUUGAAAUUAUAUUUGUGAUCUGCACGUACAUUGAUUAUUUUUAAUCAAAUUUAUUUCAUUACAUCGCCAGGGACGAAAUCACCUGCAAAUGGCUGCUUGGCAACAAAUACGUUAUGUAAACUUACUAAAUUUAAGAUUAGGCGACGCUGAUAUAAGCACGAGUGUACGUUCCGAGCCACUGGCAUGUUUCUAUGAAAAAACUGCUGAUGAUAAACUCUUACUCAUAAGAAAGUUCCUGUUUCAUCAUUUUCAGGUAAGAUAAAAUAUUACAUAAAUAAUUUAAAAAAUAAAACAAAGUGCAAUUACUUCUGCUACUAAAAGUUUAGGAUAGUGUCAACCAAUGAUUUCGAACCUAUUGGUCUCACUACAUAAACAUUUUCUACUUUGGUGUUUGUAUAACAUUGUUGAAAGUUAUUUAGCCAACCUGUUCACACUUAAAUAAUUUUUUCGGAAUUUUGAUGACAUAUUUUUUUUAUUAGAAUAAAUUGCUCAGGUACAGUUUCAAAAUGAAUAAAUUAUGCCACCAAUUAAUUAACUUUUUAGCAUUUACGUAUAAGGAUUAAACAAAAAUGCUCCCACUUUUUUUUAGUAAUGGUAAUUCAUAUGUUAUAUCAAAAUUAAAUGCAUCAUAGCUUGCUUAUCACAUUUGUAUUUUUAUUUUACUCCUUCUAUAUGGUAAAAGUUCGUUAUACAUUCCCCUCACUCAUUAUUGUUAUCUGAUUUAGAAACAUUGAUCUUGCCAUUUCUCCAAAUUUUCAACCUUCCAAUAAUGAGAUUAAUUCAUCACAGGUGCCGACUAUCAGUUACGAAGGAACAGAGAACGCCAGUGAGAUUUGCAAUGGUGUUGUCGUCGGAUCAGAUUACAACAAACGUACAGCCGUAUUGGCGUACAAUUGUUGUAAAAAAAAUAAAACAGGCGACAUAAAUUGUGCUAUAAUGGAAACUGGAAUCUGGAUUGAGGUA